UUGAAGUCUAUGUGAGGUGAAAUUCAUCGCGCCAGUUCUCCAAGCGCCUCGAAAGUAUUAAUUUAUGGUAAUCUGGAUUAAGGUGAUUUGUAUAUUAAUGCACACAGUUUACUGGCUGAUCUAUGACUUGUAAGCGAACUAAAGGUACAUUUUAGGAAUGAAUAUGUUCUGCAUGAUGGAUAUAAAAUGAAAUACCAGAGAAAUCGAGGAUCGAAGAAUGAGUAACAUGGCGGGUCUGGAGACCGGCUGGGACGAACACUUUGCUUAUAGCAUGUCACGUGACGACCGUUCACGCGCCUCGAGGCUCAGCUCCCGGAACGGCCGCACGAGCCCCACCAACAGCGCCCAUGGCAACCUCCUACGUCACAGCAUCCUGAAAUUAUCAGACGACAAGAAAGCCAAGAAAGUUCGGUUCUACAGAAACGGUGACAGGUUCUUUAAAGGAAUGGUUUAUGCUGUGUCGCCUGAAAGGUUUCGGACGUUCGAGUCUCUGUUAGCCAAUUUGACGGACAGUCCUUUAGGGGAUAAGGCGGUGCUGCCGCACGGUGUUAGACACGUUUUCUCUGUUGAUGGUUCGAAAAAAGUGACAAAACUAGAAGAACUCAAAGAAGGCGAGAGCUAUGUGUGUGCGUCAACAGACGUUUUCAGAAGGGCAGAGUAUGAUAAUACAUUAACACCCGCAUGGAAUUCAACCACCGGAAGAAAGGCGAAGUCUCGGGAAACCCUCUCGGGGUCCCAGGAAUCACAAGGCCUGCUGUUCACGUCAAGGGAUCCUAACAUUGAUGAACAUAGAGACUUCAUAAGGCCGAAGCUAGUGACCAUCAUACGUAACGGAUCUAAGCCCCGGAAGGCGGUGCGUGUGCUUCUCAACCGGAAGACGGCACACUCAUUCGACCAGGUGCUCACGGACAUUACAGAGGCCAUAAAACUUGACACAGGAGCGGUUAAAAGGAUAUUCACCGUUGAUGGCCGUCCGGUUCAGUCACUAGCAGACUUCUUCCAAGAUGAGACCAUAUUUGUAGCAUAUGGACCUGAGCGUUAUUACGACGACGACUUCGAUCUCGACGAGAAUGAAGUCAAGUACGUGGCCCCUUACCGUGCACGUGAACCGGGGGAACGCGUUACGUUACGUUCUUCUAAAUCCAGCCGUCGCUCGGCGUCGUCGAAAAAUCUCACGGAAGAUAUUGGUUACUGUAGCCCUAGAAGUUCACCAAAGACGCCGAAGAAAUUGCGAGCAGUUUCCGCUCCAAAGUACAGAACAUUCAAUGGACCAGAUGGAGAUGAGUUUGAGACCGGACCCCCUACCCUGGCCCAGACGUACGAGAUAGGGCGGAAGAUCGGAGAGGGAAACUUCUCCAUAGUCAAGGAGUGCAUACACAAACGAACAAAGAAAAGAUACGCAUUAAAAAUAAUUGAAAAAGAAAAAUGCCGAGGAAAGGAGCAGAUGAUCCAGAACGAGGUUGCCAUCCUGAAGCGCGUGAAGCAUCCGAACAUUGUGGAACUUGUGGAGGAUUUCCACUCCCAUACAGAACUCUUCCUCGUCAUGGAAUUAGUCAAGGGCGGUGACUUGUUUGAUGCUAUUUCAAUGGCAACCAAGUAUACAGAGAAAGACGCAUGCGCAAUGAUGUUUAAUCUUGCAAGUGCGCUAGAAUAUCUCCAUAGCAACGACAUUGUCCACAGAGACCUUAAACCAGAAAAUCUCUUGGUUUGCGACCACGGGGACGGCACAAAGUCCCUGAAGCUGGGUGACUUUGGCUUAGCCACGUCUUGCAAUGAUCCACUGUUCGUUGUGUGUGGUACUCCCACAUAUGUGGCACCGGAAAUACUGAAGGAGACUGGAUAUGGACGUGAGAUUGACGUCUGGGCGGCAGGAGUUAUCAUGUACAUCCUUCUAUGUGGGUUCCCGCCAUUUGCAAGUGCCAAGAAUGACCAGGAGGAACUAUUUGACGCCAUCAUAGAAAAGGAGGUUGAUUUUCCCGCCAAUUACUGGGACGGAGUGUCCAAGGAUGCAAAGGAUCUCAUAAAAGGCAUGCUGAGGAAGAACCCGGAUGAAAGGCUGACGGCCAGACAAGUUACAGAACACGACUGGGUGACGUCUGAGAAGGCAUCUGAAAGGGACAUCCACGACUCCAUAGCAACGGAGAUCAAAUCUCACUUCAAGCGGAAACCGAAACCUUCAAUGAGUUCCGCAGGUAUCCGAUUGGUUGCCACCACCGCCCUCGACAAGCAGUCGCGCUUCUUUGAGGGCCGGAAGCAGGCCAAACUCUCACUUCCGGCGAAGAAGGCGGACGUCAGCAAUGGUCAACAGGAGGAGGUGUUUUGAUUGAUGACGGAUUUUCACCAAGUUGCAAUAUAAACGAUGCAUUUAGAAGUAUUAUAAAGAAUAUAAUUUGUGUAUGUUUUUGUCGUUAGAAAAAAAUAUUAAAUAAUUUUAUAAUCAUUAAACAUGAACUGUUUAGCUGUUAGCUGUAUGUGAGUAACAGUCAUUAUAUUUGAUAUUGUUGUGACGUAUGCUUUUGAAGAGUAUAUCAUAAUUGCAUAAAACUUUGUGAUGUAGGAGUUCAGUAUACUAUUGUGCGAAAUA